AUGACUGGAUGGCAUGGUUUCAUCGGCCGUGGACUCGCUUCGAGUGGCAUUGAGUACGGCGCGAAUUGCAGCUCGCUAUUACACGAAUACGGAGUGCUUGAACAUAAACACCUCCUCAUUCGGACCGGCGACAACAUCACAGACAGUAAGACUGGUUUGUUCAUACCUAUGGCCGUAUAUCGAUGUGCCGAACAGGUCUCAAUCCCAGCCGAAUCGGAACGAGUCAACGUGUUCAAGUAUGGCAAGAAGGAGCAUGUUCACCUCCCUCCUCCUGGGUCGCAUUUCAACUUCGUUAUCGAGGUCCGAAAGGAUGGAACGACACACCCACAUGCCUGGGCACGAGUAGCAGCCAUUGGUUCAUUCAAGAACUGGGACCAGGCAAACUCAUUCGCAGUCCGUAUCGAAUGGGAGUUUUCAGUAUCCUCUAGGAAGUGGCAAUUUGAGUAUGUUCAAUCCAACAUCAGCAAGGAGCGAAUCGACCCUCAAUGUUUAACCAAUGCUCGACCAAACCACAACCAUGCUUGGAUUCCUAAGACUCAGGGAGCAGCACUUGUCGUACAGACCGAGUACGACUUCAUGAGCCAGACCAUUCGGUUCCAAGAUGCCAACAAUGAUAUCGUCAUGCUGCCUGGCGGUAGGAGACCCAAUGACAAUAUCAUCGCUCAAAUGCUUCGAUCAGAAUAUGGGCUCUCUCGAGUAGCCAAUAAGAAUCGUGGCUUCUCUUGUGAGACCUGUAGGCUUCUCUCGUUCUCGACCAAGGCCAAAACCUUCCCAAACAGGGAAUGCGUCCCGGUAAAGCUCUUUGCCGACCUGUGUACGAACUGUGCAGUGCUUGGUCUUCCAUGCUGUGCAUUCACCGAUGGCGUCUACGACGAGCAUAUACCACACACGUCCGACACUAGACUUGCAACAGACAAGGCGGCAGCGGCUUUAAUGGGCAUGCCUCUGGCCGAUAUCCCCCGAAGUCGCAAUCCUUUACUCAGCAGUUGA